UCAGUUGGGGUUCAGGGCAUGAUUUCGUAUAUAUGUACAAUAUACAAUCAAAUACGCGGUGCUAUCGCAAUUGCCUCUGCUUAUAGGCGAGUUGUAUGGGAUUUAAAACAUUUGGCCUGAUUUCGAUGACAGUCUCAAAGCAAAAGCCAAACAAACAACUUCUGGUGCAAAGAACAAACCAAAUACAACUAUGGCCUCCCUUGAAGUAAGCAGCAUGCCUACCAUAGAGCACAAAUUGAAUAUUUCGGAGGAAGAAAUUCCCGCGAAGAUAAGAGUGAUAGCCGAAAGCCAAGGGGAGUGUCCAAAGAGCAAACAUGAAAUUAUUGCGCAAUUUCGUAACUAUAUUUCGGAGCAAAAUGAAUGCCAGCCACAUCGCAAUGAUGACAAAUAUCUGCAAAAGUUUCUGCGUGCGCGCUACUGGAAAGUCGAAAAUAGUUAUCAUUUGCUUUGUAAUUACUAUAAAUUUCGUGAGCAGAAUAAGCACUACUAUGAGAAAGUGCGUCCCAUUGAUCUCAGGCAUGUAGGUGAUGAGAACAUAUUGACUGUAACUCCGUACAGAGAUCAACAUGGUCAUCGUAUAAUUAUCUAUCGCUUUGGCAUCUGGCGUCCUAGUCAAGUUACAGUUGAUGACAUAUUUAAGGCAACUAUUAUACUUCAAGAGCUUGGCUCAUUGGAACCCAUCUCACAGAUUGUGGGCGGUGUUGCCAUUUUUGACAUGAAAAGUCUGGCCUUGGAUCACAUCCUACAUUUGAGCCCUGGAGUAGCACAGAAAAUGAUUGCACUGCUAGUGACUACCAUGCCCAUACGUACUGCUGCCUUGCAUAUUGUCAAUCAGAAUUGGCUAUUUAAUGCGGCCUUUAAGUUCUUUAAGCCAUUUUUAAAUGCGGCCAUGCGCGAAAAACUAUUUAUACAUGGCAGUGAUAUGAACUCCCUGCACAAGCACAUUAACCGGGAGAACCUACCUAAGAGAUAUGGUGGCAUGCAAGAUGAUUAUUCUUAUACGCUGUGGCUAGAUAUGCUUGAUACGCAAGCCUCCAAUAGUGAAGUUCAUAAGGAUAUGGAGCAACUGGGCUUUAUUUUUGACUAAGAUACUCGCAAAACUUGAAACUAUUUUAUUUUGGUCGUCACUCUAUUGUGAAUAUAUGGGUUAUACAUGCUUUAAA